UGUCUGGAGAUGACAACAAAGAGGAAACUUAUUGGUCGCCUGGUACCCUGCCGAUGUUUCCGGGGUGAAGAAGAAGUCAUCUCAGUAUUGGAUUAUUCCCACUGCAGCCUUCAACAUGUACCAAAGGAGAUAUUCAAUUUUGAGCGUUCUUUGGAAGAGCUCUAUUUAGAUGCCAAUCAGAUAGAGGAACUGCCCAAGCAAUUGUUCAGCUGCCAAGCUCUCCGUAAACUAAGUGUUCCGGACAAUGAUCUUUCUAAUCUGCCCACCACCAUUGCCAGCCUGGUGAAUCUAAGAGAACUAGACAUCAGCAAAAAUGGUAUUCAAGAUUUUCCUGAAAAUAUUAAAUGCUGUAAAUACUUAUCGGUUAUUGAAGCCAGUGUUAAUCCCAUUUCCAAACUUCCAGACGGAUUCACUCAGCUGUUGAACCUAAUGCAGCUCUACUUAAAUGAUGCAUUUCUGGAAUUUCUUCCAGCUAAUUUUGGAAGACUCACCAAGCUACGCAUUCUGGAGCUAAGAGAAAAUCAUUUGAAAACACUACCAAAGUCAAUGCACAGACUGACACAGAUAGAUCGAUUGGAUCUGGGUAGUAAUGAAUUCACAGAGCUGCCUGAAGUCCUGGAACAGUUACAGAGCCUGAAGGAGCUGUGGAUGGACAAUAACUCAAUACAGACAUUACCUGGGCCUCUAGCAAAGUUGAAACAUCUGACAUACUUGGAUAUGUCAAAGAAUAGAAUAGAAACCAUUGAGUCAGAUAUUUCUGGAUGCGAAGGCCUGGAGGACCUCCUGCUUUCAUCCAAUAUGCUGCAACAGCUGCCCGACUCCAUAGGAAUAGUGAAAAAACUUACAACAUUGAAGGUGGAUGACAACCAGCUUAACAUUUUACCCAAUGCAAUUGGAGGUCUUUCUGUCUUGGAGGAGUUUGACUGUAGUUGUAAUGAACUUGAGUCUCUUCCUCACACCAUUGGAUACCUGCACAACCUCCGAACCUUUGCAGCUGAUGAAAACUUCCUGACAGAGCUUCCCAGAGAGAUUGGAAGUUGUAAAAAUGUGACUGUUAUGUCUUUGCGAUCAAACAAACUGGAGCGGUUGCCUGAAGAGAUCGGACAGAUGCAGAAACUGAAAGUGUUAAAUUUAAGUGAUAACAGGUUGAAGAAUUUGCCAUUCAGCUUCACUAAGCUUAAAGAGCUGGCAGCACUAUGGCUAUCUGAUAACCAGUCCAAGGCACUAAUCCCUCUGCAAACUGAAUCUCAUCCAGAAACAAAACAGAGAGUGUUGACAAACUAUAUGUUUCCACAGCAGCCACGCAACGAUGAAGAUUUCCCUUCUGACAGUGAUAGCUUCAACCCAACUUUGUGGGAAGAACAAAGACAACAACGCAUGCAGGUCGCCUUUGAGUUUGAAGAGAAGAAGGAAGAAGAGGAAGAUUCUGGGAAAGUUAAGGUUGAAAUAAAUCUAAAGCGCUAUCCUACCCCUUAUCCAGAAGACCUGAAAAAUAUGGUGAAGUCUGUUCAGCAUUUGGUAGGAAAACAUGGUCAAGAAGGAUCUGAUGAAACUUCAACAGGUGCCACGAAUAUAGAACAUGCUGCAAAAGAAAAAUACGAACAUAAGUGGCCUGUAUCAGCAAAGGAAGUUACACUGGAGAGAUCCCUAGGAGACUCGCCAAAUGAUCUGAGAAUGGGAGAACUGCGGCCUACUCUUACUGAAACUCCAUUAUUCAAACCCAAAGUUGUCUUGUUGGGUAAAGAAAAGAAAGAAUCAACAGAUGAAUCAGAAGGUGACAGAAUCAACAACAGUGCGUCCUCAGGUACCUACUCAGACUACUCACCUUCUCAAGGGUCUUCUGCUUCUUCUGGAGCACCUAUUAAAGUCAGUACAUUGCAGACUGCAGUCAAAGAUGGUGUGGCAGCUUCCUCCUGGGGAAACAGGUUAACACAGACAUUUCAACAAAACAUUGAAGCAAAACCUUUACUCAGCCAGAGGGAGGCAGCAUCGACAGCAAACCUACAGCAGCGUACUGAGAGGCGUCCAAUGAAUGAAACUUUUUCUGAUAAGUGGAAUGAUAAUUCACAUUAUGACAAUACAGGUUUUGUCGCAGAAGAAAGCACUGCAGUCUUAGAAAAUCCCAGUGCCAACCCUUUGAUAAGCACAAAAUCAAGGAGCACAUCAGCCCAUGGGCGUAGGCCACUAAUGAGACAGGACAGAAUUAUAGGUGUUCCACUGGAGUUAGAACAAUCUGUGCAUACAGUACACAGUGUCAGAAAUACACCAGAAACUGAAGUGCCUCCAAGUAAUCCUUGGCAGAACUGGACUAGGACACCUAGCCCAUUUGAGGAUAGGACAGCAUUUCCAUCAAAAUUGGAUAGUACUCCUUUCAGCAGUCCUAUUCCUGAUAGGAAAGAUUCAGAACAACAGUCAGCACGUGGAAUUACUGAACUAUCGAGUCCAUUUACAUCAAGUGCUCCAUGGAGUUUUCUCAACUCCAGAGAGUCCAAUUUAAAUCGAAGUCAUGCAGAUAAAUUCACACAUAUCUGCAGACCUGAGUCUGCCAAGAGUGCUAUAAUUGUCAGUAAAAGUACAGAGAGACUUGCACCAAUGAUGAGAUCAGUUAAAGCUGGCCAGUUUAAGAAAUCCCAAAGCAUUGAUGAAAUUGACAUUGGGGCCUUCAAGAUUUAUAAUAUACCACUGGACAGUUAUGGCUCCAGCUCAGAAAAUCCAGGUAGCAUUGAUAUGCCGGAGCAAAUGCCAACACAAGAACAAGGAAUGUCACGCAGUCUUUCCGCUCCAUUGUUGGAUGAAGAUUUAUCAGAGGCAUAUGGAAGUGGAAAGAUCUCUCAAAAGUUUCCAAUUACAAAAAAAGUAUACCAUUUUGACCAAAGUUUCAAUCCCCAAGGUACAGUAAAUGUUAAACCUGAGAGGCGAGUAACCACUUCUUUUACGCAUAAUGUUGACUAUGGUGUACAGCAAAGCAAAAAUGUUUCAAAAGAUCUCAUUAGCCCACGCUCCUUCAGAGGUUAUCAACCUGUAGAACACAUGUAUUCAUUCUCCCAACCUUCAGUGAACGAUGAACCAACUAAUCCUCGGUUUUCAAGUCAAGGGGACAGGGCUGGAUAUUUAAGAAGGGGUGACUCCCUUGCAACCUCCACAGAAAUGGUGCUGCAUCGAAGGGUAAACGAAGCUCCAGAGCUGCCACAAAGUGACAGAUAUGUCAGGACACAUUUCAGAGGUGUUUUAGAACACCAGAACAGCGCAUCAUUGGUUGAAUCACAGUAUCUCAAAAGGAAUGGAAGAUAUGAAGAAGAUUAUUCAACAUUCCAAGACAUAAAAAAUCAGGGUAGGAAUUUCCAAGAUAAACCUUUAGCUCAGAGGAGACCUUUGUCUGCAAGAAGCUACAGUACUGAAAGCUAUGGGUUUUCUCAAACCAGGCCAGUUUCAGCAAGGCCUACCAUGGCAGCUCUGUUAGAGAAGUUACCUUCAGAUUAUAACAUCAGUAACUACAGUGAAAAGCCUUCAGAGAGCAAUGAUAUAAGGAUCAGGUCUUCACAGUUGAAAGGAGAUGAGAACUCUGCUAACAUACCUCUAGACUGGAGACAACAGCUGCUCAGGCAUAUAGAAGCUAAAAGGUUAGAUAGGACACCAUCACAACAGAGCAACGUCCAUGACAAUGAACUGGAAGAUAUAUCUCCUACCAGUCAAUGGAGUUCAUAUGCAUUGGGGAGGAGAGAUGUACCACCAGAGAACAUAAUUAAAAAGGCAGGUAGCCACCCUCACCAAGGGCAGAGUGCAUUAGGGUCUUCACCACAAAGCCUACAGCAUCGAUCCAGGGAACAGCAAUAUGAAGGAGCUGUAUCAAAGGUGACUCUCCAGCAGUAUCAGAAGCCUUUGCAGAUUGCUAUUUCAUCCUCGCAGAACAUUGUCAAUCCUCGAGCAGCUCAACCCAGCAGAUGUCUAACAAGUAUUAAACCACAAAAGAGCACAGAAAGCUACCAGGAACAGUUUUGUGUGAGAAUAGAGAAGAAUCCUGGCCUUGGCUUCAGUAUAAGCGGUGGAGUAAGUGGACAAGGGAAUCCCUUCAAGUCAUCUGAUAUGGGCAUCUUCGUUACUAGAGUGCAACCUGAUGGACCAGCAUCCAAUCUGUUACAGCCUGGAGACAAGAUCCUUAAGGCCAAUGGACACAACUUUGUACACAUGGAACAUGAGAAGGCAGUCUCACUUCUUAAGAGUUUCCAGAACACAGUGGAUCUGAUAAUCCAACGUGAGAUUCCAACCUAG